AUCGAAACUGGCCGCCCAAGCCACGGGCCGCCAUGCAGCGGGGGGCCCGAGCCGCCCGGAGCCGCCUCCACACCUUCUCCUUCUUCCUUCCCCUUGUCCUCCUCCUCCUCCUCCUCGUCGGGGCCAGGGCCGGGGCAGGACCCGCGCGGCCCACCCAGGCCAAGGGCCUUCAGGCACCGGGACAGGAGGUCGUCGGGGCCGGGGGGCAGGUAAACUUGAGUCUCCACCCUGGAAUCUCUCCCAUGCUGCUGCUGCCCAGAACAACCUGUGCUGACUUCUCCAACACCUCCUGCUACCAGUGCCUGAGCAGCUCCUCGUGCCUGUGGUGCAGCUCGAACCGCAAGUGUCUGGACCACCCCGUGACGGCCUUCAUCUCACCAUCCUCCACCUGUGCCCUCCCCAAGUCCUACUGGAGUGUCUGCUGGGUUAGCUUGGGAGUGUUGGUCAUCAUUGCGGCCUGUGUCGGAGGAACCCUCCUGCUGGCCCUGCUCCUGUGCUGUUUCUGCCUGUGCUGUAGAAAGUGUAACUGUUCAAACAUCAUCUUCAUCAGGAGCCACUACCAGGGCUUCUCCAGCUUGUCCUAGAGGCGUGCCUUGCGGUGGAGAGGUCAUCGAGCAAGUGCUGUCUGCCGAGGCUGCUUCUGGGACAGGAACCUCCCCCCACCCAAUUCCCAAUGGUCACUCUGCUUUCCUUCCACUUGGGCUUUGGGCUGGUGUGUGGACAUUUCCUUUCUACCUGGUCCUCCCCGAAAAGGAAGCCCAAAACCCAGCUGUCUCGUCGAGUCCAAUGUAACCAUCCCUGGGAUGGUCAGCGUGGAGCCACAGUGACGGGCCAUUCCGGGGGAAGGGGCAGUCACCACAACUCCAGCCUCUAGUGAAGGGGAGAGGAAGGUGGAGUCCCACAGACCCGCAACACCCCGAUGGGACAGGGACCCUUGGGUCUGGCUGCUCUCCAGUGUCCUUGAGGAAAGCACAGAUUCCCCCCUUAUCCCCACAGCUCAGCUCCCCCGAUUGCUACAGCCCUGCCAGUCAUCCCCAGCCCAGUCCUCUUCCCCCUGCACCCCAGAUCUGAGGGCAGGACUCAGCCAUCCCCUAGAAACUGAUCUGGCUUGUGAAAUUUUUCCUGGAAGCCUCCUCUUCUCCUGAGCAACCCUUCCCACCGUCUGCUCAUUAGCAGCCCAGGGAGGGAAGCAGAGAGGGCAGUGGAUAAUAAUAUAAUACUAAUAAUGGCUUUUGUUAAGUGCUUACCAUGU